AUGAAGAAACAAAUUAUUCUAUAAACAACUCAAUACUCACUACUGAAGAUGGAAUUUACAUCUUUGCAACUUGUCAACUCAAUAACAAAAAAGUAUUUCAUAUUAAUAAAUUUAGAACUACAUGA